AUGAAACAUGCAACUCAUUGUAACAAUUUUUUUCAUUUCUUCUCUCUUUUCCUUGAAUACAGGAGAUGCUUUCAUGCUUGUAUACACUAUAGACAACAAGGAGACUUUCCAAGAAGUGCUUCGUAUACGACAGCAAAUCAUAGACACCAAGAGAGCCAAAGGCAUCAAGUCAACUCCCAUGGUACUCGCCGGAAACAAGGUCGAUCGCGAUGACUUCCGCGAAAUCGACUUCGACGAUGCUCGUCGUGCAGUUUCUUCCGCCAAACGGUGCUCGUGCCUGGAAGUGAGCGCCAAGGACAAUAUCAACAUCGAUUGCCUUUUCCAUUCGCUCUUCGAGCACGCUAGACUACCAAGUGAAAUGACGCCGUCGCUUCAUCGAAAAGUCGGCGGCGGCGAGAACGCUGGCCCACCGGAUCUUUCACCCAAGAGCAACCCAAGGGGAAUCACACUGCGCAAGCGCAUUAGUGACGCGUGUGGCGUCAUCUCGCCCAACGCGCGUCGACCGAGUCUGCGCAGUGAUCUCCUGCAGGUGCGCAACAACGCGCUUCGGAGUGUGAAGCGAGGCGAUAUGGACGAGGAAGAAGAACCCGCGGCUGAAGGUACAGGAUUUAGAAAGAAACGUGGAUGUAUCAUUCAAUGACGGUGACGUCAUCAUUUUCAUCUUUCCAAGUGCUUAUAUGUUUUUGAAUGAUAAAUAUAUAUAUAUAACUGAUCGCCGUUUCUUUCCAGGUUUUUGCCUAUCGCUCGUGAAAAAGACAAAUCUUCCAUUAUGCAACUGAUGAUGUGAUGCACCGAGACCAACAAUAUAACUGUUGAACUGGCCAUGCUGGCUAAAUGCUUUUGAUAUUUUUUUUCUACAUAGAUAUAGGAUUAUGUGAUUUAUGAUAUAUUAGGUAAAAUAUUGUUGUAUAUGCCUAUAUAUAAUUAUAAAAGUGAGUUUAAUGUGUGCAGCAGAAAAUAGAGCUAUAAAGGCGUUUCAAAAGUGCAAUUUUUUGUGUAGGGAAUAUUAACACGGCAUCCAACGCAUUUUGUAGACAUAGCUGCUUCUCUACGAUGACCUUAACUAUCAAAAGAGAAGCAUUUUCGGCUACAUUGGCCCGUAUUCUGAAGUCUGUUUUAACUUAGACAAUGGUUUGAGUCCGUAGUAAAACUAUGAGAAGCUGAAAAUGUCAAACUUUGUUACAUGUUUACUGUAUUAUUUUCCCCUGCUCCAAUGGCGAUGAUAACUAUAUUACAUAUCAUUCCCACACAGUUAUCAAUGGUUGGAGUGCCGAAUGUGCUGGUAUUCCGAACCUCUACAAUGUGAGAUACUUGUAUACUUAACAAUUGGCUAUCCAUAGAUAAAGCAAAACUUUAAACCAGAUUAUAAUUUUAAACUCGAGUUCAGAGUACGGGCCUCUGUGUGCUAAAAAUCGGUAAACGAGGAAGUAUGGGUAUAUCUCCCCCAUUUGAUGGCUAUGUGUGUGUGUGUGUGUGGGGGGGGGGUUCAGGGGCGCAAACAUAAUAAGCAUACUAUUAGUAAGGAAAGUAACAAUGUAUAGCACAUUAUAAACAGUGUCUCAUUGAAAUUCUCAAAUUGGACUCGUUUGAAUAAACUCAGUGAGGAUUUCAUAUUUUGGGUAUGAAGGUGAUUUUAAAUGACGAAUAUUAUUCUCAGAAAAAUCAGAUGUAUGAACUUCAGUUGCUUAUAUCAGAAGAACAUCUCAUAUUCUUUUAUCAGAUGAUAAAGUAAUCGCAUGAAAUGCUUACCUAUUAAUUGAAAAAUUUGAAAAUCCAUAUCUGAUUGUUACUUGUCACUCUUUUGAAAACAAUGAGCAUGCGCGAAGAAAUUUCACUAAUUCGUUAAUGAAAUUUUACGAUUGAUUUUUAUCAUAUGUGUAAGAGGAACGGGGUCCUAGACAGCAUUUCUGUCCAUAGGCUUACUGGGUUGACUCUGAAAAAAAAGAAAUAUAUAGUGGAACCUCGCUACUCUAUGAAUAUUAUUAAAAAAGGAUGCUGCAGUCCAC